AUGGUCAGAGAUAAGGCUCCUGGUCUAGAUGGUUUUACGAUGGCUUUCUUUCAGGAUUGUUGGGACAUUGUGAGGGAGGAUGUGAUGGAAGUGUUUCAUGAAUUAUUCUCUUUUCGUAAGUUUGAAAAGAGUUUAAAUGCUACUUUUAUUGCACUUAUCCCAAAGAGGACGGGAGCUUCUGAUGUGAAGGAUUUUCGCCCUAUUAGUCUUGUUAAUGGGGUCUAUAAAAUUAGUUUUAAAGUGUUGGCCAAUCGAUUAGGUAAAGUCAUGGAGAUGAUCAUUUCGGAAUCACAGAAUGCGUUUGUUAGACGGAGGCAGAUUUUGGAUUCUGUAUUAAUUGCAAAUGAAUGUCUGGAUAGUAGAAUAAAAUCGGGUGAGCCGGGUAGUUUAGUUUUAGUGAAUGGCUCUCCUGAGGGGUUUUUUUCACAGUUCCGUGGGUUGAGACAAGGGGAUCUGUUGUCUCGUUUUCUUUUUUUCACCAUGAUGGAUGCUUUUAGUCAUAUGUUGGGGGCUGCGGUUGGCAAUGGCCUUAAGGUAAAGCUGGGAAAGUCUGGGAUGGUUCAGGUGGGCCAGGUGAGAAAUAUGAGUAGGUUGGCAAGUAUUUUGGAUUGUCGGGUUUCUUCUUUGCCGGUCAGCUACCUUGGGCUUCCUUUGGAGUCUAAGUUCAAGGCCAACACAGUUUGGGAUGGGGUGUUGGAGAAGGUAGAGAGGAGGUUGGCGGGUUGGAAGAAGGUGUAUUUGUCAAAAGGGGAUCUUUUUCAUAUUUCUCAAAAUCCGGAUGCUUCUGUGGCUGAGUUUGUGGAUUGUUCCAGUGGAUCUCUGCAGUGGAAUGUUCUUUUUUCUAGAACUGUGAAUGAUUGGGAAAUGGGGGCUGUUUCUGAAUUGUUUGGUUUAUUGUAUGCUACUCCGCUUGGGAGGGAUAUGAGGGAUAAGAUGGUCUGGCUGCAUACUGGUGAUAAGAAGUUUUCAGUUUGUUCUUGGUAUAAGACGCUGUCUAGGCCAAGUGGGGUUCAUUCUUUUCCUUGGAAGAGUAAGGUGCCAUCAAAGGUCGUGUUCUUUGGCUCGUCUGCUUCUUUAGGGAAGAUUUUGACGUUGGAUAAUCUCAGGAAGUGUGGAUUAAUUGUUUUGGAUUAG